UAGAGCCGACAGAAAGAUAGGACACAGAGAGAGUGUGAGAGAGCCGGUCAGAGAAAAUAGGAGGAAGAAGAACAGAAGAAGGAAGGGAAAAGAAAAAAAACAAGGAGGCGGAAACCGAGGGACCAAUUGAGGAGAGAGAAGAGAGAAACAGAGUCGCGUCGCCGACAGAAUAACCCUCGAUCAUCAUGUCGGCCUCGUCCUCGACACCUCGCAGCCGGAGCCCGCAGACCGCGGCCAACACUCGCGUGUCCUCAGACCACGUCGUCGCGAUACAUAGCGACCGGUCGACGAUAUACAGCUGCUCAUGCGAGAAAUGCGAAAACGGUGGCAGCACCCACAGCAGCGCUGGCGGCGCCGGAGGUAGCGGAAGCAGCAGCGGCGGCAGCAGCAGCAGCCACGACGCCGGCGCGACGCGGAUCGACGUGCCCCUAAUCGCCAUACCGCGGCUCUUCAACGCGAUCCUGGGCUUCGCGACGGUGACCCGGAUACACACCACGAUCGAGGCCGGCUGGUGGCCGUGGGAGCACAAGGUGCUCUUCUCGCUCUGCUGGCUGACCCUGUUCUGGAACCUCUCCCACGGCCUGUGCAGCAUACUCGGCUACGCCUACUGGCCGUCGCCGCGGCGCACCGUCGGCCUGCCUCCCAUCACCCUGGCCGUCAACGGCCGGACCAUCGUCUCCUUCGGCGGGCCCGACGAGGACGACGGCGCGCGUCGCCGCCGCACCAAGCGCAUACAGUUCACCAUCAUCGACCUGCUGCUCGCCAUCCCCACCCUCGGCUUCCUCGUCUACUCGGUGCACAUCAUGUACCCGUGGUGGGGAUCCAGGUACGUCGGCCUCUGGUCGCCGACCAUAGGCUUGAUCGCCUCGCUUGUCUCCUUCGAAUUCAUCGUCGCCUUCUUCCAGCUCUUCCAAUUCUUCGAGGCCAAGGUCGUCGGGAUCCAAUUGACGAUGCAAGACAUAUACGAGAGGGACCACCCCGUCGGGCGGUUGCAAUUAUAGGGCGCGAACGAUCCCAAGUUGCUAACGAUCCCUGCCUCCCUCUUGCU